AUUACAGAGAGCAAAGGUCUGUUUCUGUCUCGGCUGGUUCAAGUGUGUGUUAACACGCUAUCACACAUGACUCAAGGAGAUCAUGGCCGGGACAGAAGUGUGUGUGUUCUGGAUGGCAGUCGUUCUGAUGAGCUCACAUGUGAUCGCACUGCAGGUGGACAUGAACAACGCAUCUCUGACAAGCAUUCCUGCAGGGAAACCUGCAAACCUCACCGAACUGAUCCUGAGCCAGAACUCGCUCACGAUGUCGGACUCGGAUAUCGAGAUCUUACGCGGGUAUCCCGGGAUUCGGGUGCUAGAUCUUUCUUACAACCACAUACAAUCCCUGCCUGAAGGAGCUUUCGCCAGCCUCAUGCUCCUGGAGACUCUCAAACUGAGGGGAAAUGAACUGAAAACACUCCACAAAGACAUCUUUAACGGACUGAUAAAACUGAAGAGUUUGGAUUUGGAGGAAAAUCCAUGGAACUGCUCCUGUUCGCUCACAAGCCUCAUCAAACAUCUGAACGAGUCUGGCGUAUCCACCGGCAGAGAACUGUUUUGUUACUCCCCCCAGAAAACAGCUGUCCUUGAUGGGAACUCUCUCUGCUUAAAUCAAGUCCCAACAGCGAGGACUACAUUAGCAGUGCUAACCACAGAGCAGAGCUCCAGCAAAGGGUUAGUGAAGCACACGGGGAGCCACAGCUGGAAGUUUCUGCUCGGUGUCGUGGCUUUGACUCUCAGCACCGCCAUCAUCGUCGUCUGCGCCGUCAAGUCUCCGUCCUGGUACAAGCUCCUGUUCAACUACCGGCACCAGAGGCUGCGUGAGGACGCGGAGCCGGGCGAGUUGGGCGGGCGCUUCUCCACCUUCAGCCUGGACACGCAGCAGACGGAGGGCAGCGCGCAGGAGCUCGAGGACGACGGCUUUAUCGAGGACGGCUACAUCGAGCCAGGGAACGACAGCCGGCACGCAGACGCGGACCCGAGCCGUGAGCCCGACCUCUUCUCAGGGGUACGCACAUCGCUGGACUGAUCAAGUCUUUGCAUGAGCAGACUGUGAGGAGCUUUUUUCCAUGCAGUAGUGCAAUAUGAAAAUUCCUUAAACUAUAAAACAGAAUUGCACAUACGUGUAUCUCAGCAUGUUAAUACAGUGUGUGUAAACACUGCAAACGCUGUCACGCUCUUCCUGUUUUACAGCACUAAUAUCUAAGCAUUCUUAAACCAAGAAACAUUUACUGGAGAAGCAAAAUGACUGAAGAUAAAAUAAAAAAAAAUAUCAAAAUUAA